AUGUUCCUCACAGUCAAGCUCCUUUUGGGCCGGAGAUGCAGCCUACAGGUGUCAGGGCACGAGAGUGUGGCCACACUGAAGAAGCUGGUGUCCCAGCGGCUGCAGGUACCUGAGGAGCAGCAGCACCUGCUGUUCCGUGGCCAGCUGCUGGCUGAUGACAAGCGUCUCUCUGACUACUGCAUUGGGCCCAAUGCCUCCAUCAAUGUCAUCAUGCGGCCCUUGGAGAAGGUGGCACAGGAUGAGGCCCCCCAGCUCCAGCCCCAGCCUCUGUGGCACCAGCUGGGCCAGGUCCUAGCCAAACACUUUGGGCCCCAGGAUGCCAAGGCUGUGCUGCGGCUGCUGAGGCAGGAGCAUGAGGAGCACUUGCAGAGGGUGAGCCUGGAUGCCCUGGAGCGGUUGGCAUGCCACCUCCUGGCAGAACAGCAGUGUGUGGAGCCGAUCAGGGAGAGGGAGCCCCAGGCGCAGCCGCAGAGCUUCAGCAACAUGAAGGAGGUGGAGGAGAAGGAGGAG